UGGGUUGAGCCAUAUCCAUAGGCACCAAACCAAAUCAACGGUGCUGAUUUGGAUUGCAUUUCCGUGGGUGCAGGUGAAAUAUAGCGUAUGGCUUAUUUUCUGAGCGAUGACUGCGCUGUUUUCUUUGGAAGGGCAUGCCUACUUGUUCAAAACAUACCGCUGUGAGCGCCUUGUUCAUUAAUUAACGCUGUUCACACCUUUUUCAACGAACCUGCGAUAAGCAGACUAAUUCAUAGCACCGCAGGGUUCACACUCUGCACGAGGUAUGAUAACGUGCAUUUAUUGCGGUCCGUGUUUAGGGCAGCCGGCUCGCUUCAAAAUUCAAACCUCCCGCCGCUUCAGCGCGUGCAGCGCUUCGAGCUGGCAGCCCUCUCGCUCCUUGCGACGUCACCGAGUGUCGCUUGCUUAUCGGGUGCGUGAAUCGAAUCGUUCUCAAGGUCAGCGGGAGCGCUUAGGCAAGGCGGCAAAUGGUGCCCUCCCUCGCCCGUCCGCCGCCACCUCUCUUUCAGAACAUAGCGGGCGGGAUUUCGCUGGGGUUUGCACGGCCGCUUCGAGCUGUCGAAGGACUGGCACAUUCGCGACUCGCGGCGGUUCUCAGAGUCUGAGCGUCAGCGCAGCCGCGCCGUAUCUGUACCACUUCAGCAGCUGUUUCGACAGCGUCACAGAAAUCCUUGGGCAGAGCCUGCGUAUCGGCGCGUACAAUUCGGCCGCCCUAAGUGCUCUUAAUUGGAAGUCCGUCAACGGCAGCUACAAGCAACUUUCUCUAUUUCAAAAUCGAAAGCUGUACGACAUGGUCACCAUGAAGAAACUGGUGCUCAAGUGCCUGCUCAUCGUCAUCCGCUACGUGAAGGUGUUAAACGAGUUCUUCCUCACGUCACUGUUCGCCUUCAUCCACGGCAAGCCGCAGCGCCUGCCUCCGAUCACCGACGAUAUACUGCUGAAACCGGCCACUGUCCUUGCUGAAGAGAUCAGGACCGGCAAGCUCAAGAGCGUGGAUCUAGUUGAGCGAUACAUGCGACGCAUCCGAGAGGUGCAGCCUGUGAUCAAUGCUGUGGUGGAGGACCGGUAUGAGGAAGCCAUAGCUGAAGCUGAAGCCGCUGACCAGCUUGUGGCCUCCGGUAAGGUCACACCGGAGCAGCUGGCCAAGGACAAGCCCUUCCUUGGGGUGCCGCUCUCAACCAAGGACUGCUAUGCCGUCAAAGGCAUGCUGCAGGACUCGGGUCUGGUGCUGCGAAAAGGCUUCCGUGCUCCACAGGAUGCAGACGGCAUGGCCCUGCUGCGUGCAGCCGGUGCCAUCCCACUGGCACUCACCAACAUCUCGGAGCUGUGCAUGUGGUGGGAGUCGUACAACAACCUGCACGGACGCACCAACAACCCCUAUGACAGCCGCCGUAUUUGUGGCGGAUCCAGUGGGGGUGAGGGAAGCCUCAUCGCUAGUGCUGGUUCCGUAAUUGGUGUUGGCACUGACAUCGGCGGCAGCAUACGGAUGCCAGCUUUUUUCAACGGCAUCUUUGGCCACAAGCCAACGAGAGGACUGGUGUCCAACAAGGGCCAGUACCCACCGGCACGUGAUGACUCCCUGGACGCCUGCCUCGUGGCGGGUCCCAUGUGCCGAUAUGCCCAGGACCUCGAACCCAUGCUGGCCAUCAUGGCGGGACCCCGUGCAUCUCUGGUGCCAUUCAACACUGAGGUGGACUGGUCCAAGGUGACAGUGUACUACAUGGUUGAUGACCUGGGAGGCACCCUCUGCACGCCCGUCCACCCUGAGAUGAAAGAUGCUGUGCGCAAGGUGGCCCGGUACUUUCGUGAUGCGCAUGGCAGCCCUGUGGUUGAGCUGGCCCUCGAGGAAUUCCGUUACUCAGCCCAAAUCUUCACUGCUCGGCUGGCUGCUGCAGCCGUGCCCUCCUUUGCCUCAGAGCUGGCGCUGCUCAAGGGAAAAGUGCCCGUAUGGCGAGAACUUGGACGCUGGCUGCUGCGGCGUUCACCACACACGCUACCUGCUCUUGCCCUCUGCCUGCUGGAAUGGCUGUCUCCAAAACGCGGCCACCCUGCGCUCACGCGAGUCCUGGCUCGAGCAGACACCCUGCGAGACCGUCUCGAUGCUCUUCUCGGAGCCGGCACCGCCAUAUUUGUCUACCCUUCGCACCCAGAGCCGGCACCUUUCCACUACCAGCCAUUGCUCAAGCCUUUCAACUAUGCCUACACGGCCAUCUUCAACGUCCUCGGCUACCCCACGUGCCAGUGCCCCGUGGGAAUCUCGCCGAGCACAGGCACGCCACUGGGCGUGCAGGUCGUCGCUGCCUUCUACAAGGACCACCUCUGUUUGGACGGGGCACGAGAGAUUGAGAAGGCGUUCGGUGGCUGGCAUCAGCCGCCCACAAAGUAGGAGCAGGUGCAGGGACAGUCUACAGAAACGGACAGCAUCACUUUGCCUUCCUCUUGUAAAGAGCUGGACAUUGCUACCCUGUUGCUCACACAUUCACCUUAUUUCUGGGCCAAAGGUGCGGAUUGGAGACUGGAACAACAGUGAAAAGUGGUUUAGAGGUAGAUAUGUUUUUGCUUCUUUGUGUUGCACAUUACGCUGAUGAGCUCUGGCUGGAGCCCGGUGAACAGUGGUUGGAGUGAGGUGUUGAUCCGCAGACUCUGGCCGCAUGUGACGGUAACCCAGGCAUGGUGAGGUGCAGAUUGUUGGCAGGACGUUUCGUGUUAGUGCCGAUCGUUUUGUGAAACGUGUGUUGUGCAGAGGGCAUCUGGAGCAGGCGCUUCACUGCGCAUCUGCCGAUGAAGUGAGGAACACUUGUAUGUGGGAUCAACAGAACUCUUGGACUGGGCACUUUGUCUGCAGGACUUUUCUGUUAACAUCGCAUGAUUCCCACAAUAUAGUUCAUCUACGCCUCUGUGCAGCCUUGCACCAUUUGAUUGUGUUCUGUAAUGUCCUGACCUUGCAAUAAUGCUUGCAUACCGAGCCUGCUACAUUUGUGCUGCUCGUCAUUGUCCACUGGUCGUGUCUGCUGUCUUUGUCUAACAUUGUGGCGUGUGUGGUGUGUGCAUGUGUAACAUUGCAUGUUACAUGUGCAUGUGUAACAUUGCAGCACGUGUCACAUGCAUCUUGUGGUGCUUCCUGUCUCGAAAGAGCUAGCCAUCUGCUAAGCUUAGUACAGUUGCAUGUACUAGGACAGCUGUUAUACCAUGUGCUCUGAUACGUAUUGUACUUUGGAUUGUCUUUGAAGUUGAGAAGUGUGAGCUUACAUUCUUCCGGUACUCUCAGUUUCACAGAACCGGUGAUAUGUUUGUAUGUAUACUGUGAUCUCUUCAUUCAUAAAGAUUGGACACUUGU